UAGUCUAUGGUUUGUGUCCAUUGUUUUUCUACAAUGUUAUUUUUCUGAUCGCUGCUGGUGGACGAAAAGUUGGUCUCGCUGCGACGAGUGUGAUUUUGUGCUAGUGUUCGUGCUCGAUAUUGUGAUUUAUUCGAAAUAGAUCACGAAAAUGUCCUCGCCCAGUGCUGGUAAACGUCGUAUGGACACAGAUGUCAUCAAACUUAUUGAAAGUAAACAUGAGGUGACAAUAUUGGGGGGAUUGAACGAGUUCUGUGUCAAAUUCUUCGGUCCACCAGGCACUCCUUACGAAGGCGGCGUGUGGCGUGUACGGGUCCACCUGCCCGAUCACUACCCCUUCAAGUCCCCCUCAAUCGGCUUCAUGAACAAGGUCUACCAUCCGAAUAUUGACGAGGUCUCCGGCACCGUAUGUCUCGACGUCAUCAACCAAGCUUGGACUGCCCUCUAUGACUUGUCGAAUAUAUUCGAGUCGUUCCUGCCGCAGCUGCUCACGUAUCCCAACCCGAUCGACCCGCUGAACGGCGACGCGGCCGCCAUGUACCUGCACAAGCCUGAGGAGUACAAGAAGAAGGUCUCAGACUACGUCCGGAGAUUCGCAACCGAAGAGGCUCUGUUAGAAAAAGACGCGAUCACCGGCGUGGCCAGCGCCACGCCCGCCUCUUCGGGCACCAAAACCUCGAAUGGGACAGCGAACAACAAUGCGAGCGAGACAGAAAGCUCAAUGAGCGAUUUCAGCGAUGACGAAGCGCAAGACAUGGAGUUAUAACGUAAGUUACCCCACAUAGAGGUUUGCGCUUGCUCACUCGCCACUGCCGUUGUUUAAUUUGUCUAUGGUCUGUAUUGUCUAUGGCAUCGUCUAGUCUAUGUCGAGUGUCGACGAGAGGCUUACAAUCAAACGGAAUUGCGCCGCGAACACAAAAUUGGAACUAAUUUGAAUGAUAUAAAUAAAUAAAAUUAUUUUUUUAUUAAUGUAAAUUUAAUUAGUUGACAUUUGGCGUGUUUUCCAUCUCACUUACACCUAUCGGAGUAGUAGUGUAGCCGAUAGAAAAAAAAAAUACUAAAUAAAAAUGAAGCGUCCACCAUGUCGCUUACACACAGCGAUAAUAAGAAGUCCUGCAACGUCAAAUUUGUUGACAUCAAUUUUGAAAGUCGAGUGCAAACUCCAUUUGUUUAUAAGCGCCUCGGUAAUCAGUGAUUUUGAAAAUGUUUAUAGCUGCGUGAAUAUGUGCUUAAUGUCUCAACGAGAUAAGAUAUUUAUUAAAUCUUUUACAUAUUUUUGUAUUAAUCUUGUGGGUGAUAUUAUAUCAGUUUGUGAAACAGUCUUAUAAUUCAGUUUAUAGAAUCGAGGCAAAGCCUCAUAGAUUGUUCGUGAAUGCCUUAGUAUUAGUGUUCCAAAAAUUAUCCAUUUUGCAUUUUAAUGCUGUCUCAUUCAAAAUGGAAAUGGCUUUAAUAUUAAUCGUAUUAUCGAAAAGUGUGUAUUGUGCUUAUAAUACUUGUCACCUCACUGUUUCUUAUUUAACGUUCAUAGACAAUACAGACCAAUAAAAAAGAUAUAUCUUUAUAUUAAUCUGUAAUAAAGUACAGAUGUCGUGUUUGCUGCCUCAUUAAAAAAAAAAAUAUCUGAAUAACAACAGAUUAUAUUUUAUGGACCACUAUUGCCAAUUUUAGAGUAUUAGUUUUUAAUUAGCGUCGGAGAUGUGCAUGCUCAGAGUAAAAAUUUAAUAGAACACAAACCGGCAGCGAACAUGACUCGUUGUGUGUUCCACAAUCUAUGGGAAGAGAAAAAGAAACGGUUAUAAAUAACCAAUUUAAAAUUUGUCUUUUAAACUUUUAGUCGUUGGUGUGUUACGGAAAGUGUCUAUGGAAAAUUAUUAGGAUUGUAUGUUCGGCUUGUCUUUGAUCAUUAUAGUGUACUACGCUUAAGAUUAGCAGCAAUAUGAUAGUAAAAACGUGUUCACGAUUCGUGUCUCCCGGAGUUAAUAGUUUGGUUAGAUGGCUUGGUUUCGACGGUUGGAAUUUAACGUAGGCUAUGUUUAAUAUAAACGUACGGACAUUUAAACUUUAGAUUUUAAUUAUGUAUAUGGUAUGCUAACAUACUCAUAUUAAACGUUCUAAAUAUCACCGUCUUAUCAUCUGUAAUUUAUUACCUGACAGCAACGGCCGUGUGAGUGAGCGAGAGGUAGCAUUUUGUAAAUAACUUUAAUCUGUCCCCCAUAGUAUAAAUAAAACAACUUAAAUCGAUAAUUGAGUCCGUUCGCUGGGACUAGAGUCACUUUAUAUCUCAUAGUUAUUUAAUUAUUUUUUAUGAUAGAAUUAAUUUUUAAACAAUGAUGUGUCAUGUUUUAUUGUGUUAUUGUCCAUCUCCCUCUGUGACAUCCUUGUAUUUGUAACAAUAUUUUGUUUAAUGGCAACACUAUGUAAGUUUAGAUUGUCUAUACUUAAGCCAGGGUUGACACUAAAUUAGACGUUCAUUUUAAUGUUAUAAUUAAAGAAUACACAAACUGUGAUUAGUUUCUUCCUUUGUUCGUGAGAAAAAAAAAAAUGUCAAUUUGUCGAUAAAGAGGUUGAGAUAUCGUAAAACUGUACUUAGUAUAAUUGCGCCUUUGUUUGUUGCUUCUAGAUAUUUUAAAUUCUUAUAACGUGCUCUACAUUUCUUCAACACCGCCAUUUGUCUUCGCAUUAGAAUUAUAAUCAUAAGCGUUUACUAAUCAUCACAAAACAAAUAUUUGUUUCUUACAUUACCAGAAUUUACAGAAAUAAUUGUUUUAUUUUUUUAUACUUAUAUUAGGGAUAUAAAAUAUGAUUUGUAAGCUAAACAACAAAAAUUUAUUUUGGACUUAUAUAUUUUUGGACUUAUAAAAAUAUAGGCGGUGUUGAAGUCCACAAGCAGUGUUCUCUCACCAAAUAAUUUAGCAUUUUGUUUGUAUGUAACUUGGCAAUUUCGAGCGUUGAUGUUCAUGCUGACCCUGCCAAUGUUGUUGUCUUGGCCGCUUUUGUAAUGUUCUUUCUGGCAACACCGGAUACGAGUUGUCGAGACUAUGCUUUUUUUUGAGUAAUGGCAACACUAUAUCGAUCGAUCAAGCUCAAAUUUACAGGUUUUUUUUUUUAAUUUGAUUGUUGCAUUUUUGAGUAAUAUCUUUUAGAGAUUUUAUUCAUAUGAUUGUAGACUAUGUAAACAAGCUUUAAUUAUGUAUUUGUUAUAUGAAUCUAUGUAUGUUAGUGCAGUGUUGCCAUCUCAGAUAUUUUGUUGCUGAUUUCAAACUGUAUAUCGGAUCAACGUAAAUAUAAAUAGUUUUUUAAAAAAAAAAUCAACAUCAGUAACUUUAGUGUUUGUUGAAAUGCUCAGUUUUUUGAAAGUUCAAAAUACUAGUAAACAGUUACUGGCUUGAAAUAUUGUUAUCGAGCGUCCCGCGAAAUACCGAGCUGUCUAUAAAAGAGCAUUACAAAACAAACACAGAUCUCUGAUAAUGACACGUUGCGAACUAAAAGUGUUGCAAUCGUCUCUUUAACUUUAAGCUAGAUAUAAAUAGAUAUAACACGAAGAAUUAUAUUAAUAUUAUAGACAUUUAUCUACGCCAUAAUAAUAUAUUUUGGUAUAAGGAAGUUAACGAUUAAAAAUUUUAAUUUUUCAAUAUGGGUCGACGAGUUUGGACCAGUUUAGGGUAAAUUUCAUCAUGUUGUAAUGUACCUACCGUUCAAAUAUUAUAGUUGACUUUAUGACAUACAUAUCGAAUAAAAAAAAAAUUGAUACAGUAUCAUCGAUUCCUAUAUUUUUAUAGGAUUUCUAUUUGGAUUUUGAUCUUCCAUAUAAUCCAACUGGAUAGAUUGUGACUAUUUGAAUUAAUUCAAUGAUAUUUGAACAAGUUGGAUUAUAACCAGAGGAAUGCAAUUUGAAAAAUAGAACACUAGAAUUGGACUCGAGGAGAAUAAUUUCUGUCGUGUCUCACUGCCAGGCACAGGUCGUAAUUUUAAAUCGAUAAAAUUGUUCAGCACGGUAUAGUUCAGUAAAUAACAAUACUAAUAACAUUGUAUCAUAUUUCAUUGGCUUAAACUGGUCAAAAUUAUGGUUACUAUAACGUCCACCCAUGUGUAAGUUUGAUUCAAUCAUUAGUUAAAUUCUGUGGUAUUGAUGUUAGUUUCGUCUUGAUUGGAUCAGUGAAGGUUAUCAAAUGCACAAUGUUUGUUUAUAUUAUUAUUAAACAGUAUUCAGAUGAUUGUACGUACGUCUGUUUACGAUUGUCGGUAAUUUUAAAAAAAGUUAAAAUAUGAACUACUGCGCACAUAAUAUUAAACCGGUACUAUUCGAGGUUAGAAUUGUUGAAGGAAACAGGAAUUGUACUUUGGCACAAAAUAUAGUGUAUGCCGCAUUCAGGGGAGGCAGGGCGCGGUUGGGACACCCUCAGCGGUGCUAGAGCCACGUAUCAAUAACAUCAAAGCAGUAAAUUCUCCAGUAGGCGCACUCGACAUUCCCGGUGACUAUAUUUUUUAGGUUAUCUUAUCUAUUAUCUAUAGUUUUGCUCAGGGGCAUGACCUCCGAGUGUAUAAAGAAUAAUUCUAACGUAGUUGUGGGUGCAAACAGGAAUUCCUGUUUAAUCUUAUCAUAUUGAAAAUAUAUAAAUUCAUUUGGGAGUUUAUUACAAACUUUAACUUGACAGGUUUGGGCCAAAUUGGCUCGUUUGUCUAUGAUUUUAGUGCCAAUUUGCAGGGCAGUUAUAAAUUGACAAUUUUUCUUCUAUAUAGGCUUACAGAAAAAGCUAUGGUUAAUGAUAAUCGAAUGUUGGCAUUUGAAAUUCUUCACCCCAUAAACAAUGGUGACGUGACGUGAUGGAUAUUCGAUUUUUAGAAUCAUUAAUGGAUUUAAGGUUUUGAAGUUUUACUCAUUGACGUAAAUGCGGUCAGGUCACGAUUGUAACGUUACAAGAUAGAGAAUGUAAUGGUUACUUAACCAGAACGUCGGGGAUCGUUGUCCCCAUCGGUUAUACAUGUAACAAAAUAAAUCUACCGAUUCUAUUUUUAUUUAAUUACAUGUAAUAAACUUGCGUUAUUUUUAAACUA